ACCCCUCACUCUCUCUCUCUCUCAAACCCUUCUCUUUCUAAACCUCUCUUGCGCCUACAAAUAUGAGAAUAAUUCCCUUCUUGUUUUGCAGCUUCUUCUUGUAUCCUAAGUUUGUUUUGAUUUGACAAAUUACCCACACAUAGCUUACCCUUCAAAAAGAAAACAAAUAGACUCAUUUUCUUAUAAAUAUCACCACCUUCAGCCACCAAAGCUUGUAUUUUUCAGAUAAUUUUCUGCCCAUAUUAUACACAGGGUGAAUCUUGUAUUGGAGGCAUAGUUUCUCCAUGGGAAAGGCCCCAGCUUUCAUCGUUGAUGAUCUACAGAAUGAGUAUCAGAAUGGAUUUGGUUUUAAACAUGAGGACUGUGAAAUAGCCAUUACCAUAGAAGAUAAAAAAUACUUGAUUGGUGGUAGCGAUGAUGAAUCUGCAUUUUCUAUUGGAGUUCGAAUUUUUGACAAAGCUACUGGGAAUUGGGAAAUUCCUACUGUGCUGGGAACAAAACCCAAGCCAUGUAAAGGUCACUCAGCUGUGUCAUUGAAUGAUGGCCGAAUUUUGAUUAUUAAGAAGGGAUUUGCACCAGAUGACUGCAUUUGGUUUCUCGAGGUGGACACUGAGUAUGUUAAGAAGCAGAAAAAAGGUUUGGGGACAGAGGUUGUGGCCUGGAGUAAGGGUGUGAGGGGCAAUGUUGAGAGGCCAGUUGUCAUAAGUGGUCCUUCAGGUGUAGGUAAGGGAACAUUAAUAUCAAUGCUCAUGAAGGAAUUCCCAUCCAUGUUUGGAUUUUCUGUAAGCCAUACGACCCGAGCUCCAAGGGGCAUGGAGAAAGAUGGAGUGCACUACCAUUUCACUGAGAGAAGUGUUAUGGAGAAAGAGAUAGAAGAUGGGAAAUUCCUUGAGUUUGCUUCUGUUCAUGGAAAUCUCUAUGGAACCAGUAUUGAAGCUGUUGAGGUGGUAGCAGAUGCAGGGAAGAGAUGUAUUCUUGACAUUGAUGUUCAAGGGGCAAGAUCUGUGAGGGAUAGCACUUUGGAGGCAAUUUUUAUCUUUAUCUGUCCUCCGUCAAUGGAGGAGCUUGGGAAGAGACUUCGUGCAAGGGGGACUGAGGCAGAGGAGCAGAUUCUUAAGCGACUUGAAAAUGCAGAGGCAGAGAUGGAACAAGGAAAGUCAUCAGGCAUCUUUGAUCACAUUUGUUAUAACGAUAAACUUGAAGAUUGUUAUGAGAACCUCAAGAAACUCUUGGGGCUGGAUGGAACUGCAGUAGCUACCCAGAAGUUAUCACCCCAAGGGAUUAAUCUGCCUGUGGACCAUUCAGUUUCAAGGAUUGAUAAUAAGAUUAUCAUAAAUUGUGGAGCACCAGAACUAGAGAAGGCAUCAAAGAGCUUGAUUGUCUUGGAUGUAUCCUCACUCAAGGGAGGGGCACCUGGACGGACAAGGGGACUUGAUGUGUACGCCGUCGACUCAUUUUCAGAUGGAUUAAAUGGGAUCAAUCAGCUGAGCUAACAUCUGGAGUCAUCCUUCAUUGAUGCUAACUUGGUUUCUCAAGUUCAUAAUUUUCUUCAAUCUUUGCUUAUAUAACUAAGAAAAGGAGUGGUGACAAAAGGCUCUAGAUAUGAAUUUGCAUGAUAAUUGCAUAUCUUCCUUCUCAGUUCUUGUCGUUUCCAUUUUUUAAUCAUUCUUUCCCUUGCAUUUGAACAAUUGUUAUUUCCCUUGAUGAGCAAUGAGAGAUGAUUUACGA